AGCAGAUUUUUUUGAUUAGCGAGUAUGUACUCUACAGUGCUUGUUACUAAUAAAAACUCCGCACGCCGACUCGCCGAGUGGCCACUGGGCCCUGGCUACGACGUAACUUCCGCCAAAGCCUCACCACGUCCCAAGCUUAAUCGACGACGCGACACGACACGGCACGACGCGACACGACACGACACGACAUUUCCAGUCACCCCCCUCCCCCUCCACCUUGCCACCAUGUCGCACCCGCACCCCUACUACCCCCCAACCCUCGUCCUCCCAUCCUAUGCCGCACCGGUGUACGCACUCCCCACGCUCCUCGGCAUCUUCGCCGGCAUCGGCGGCCUCGUCCUCCUGCUGGCAUGGCAGCUGAUGUCUUACCUGAACCCGACCCUCACACCGCGGUCGAAGUUGACAGCAUCGUGGUUCCUAUUCUGCGGGCUUUUGCACAUCCACUUCGAAGGGUACUUCGUCAAGUACCGGCGCACGCUCGCGGGGCGUAGCGACCUCGUCGCCGAGCUGUGGAAGGAGUAUGCGCAGAGCGACUCGAGAUAUCUCACGCAGGACAGCUUUGUCGUCGGGAUUGAGGCGUUGACUGUACUGUUCCUCGGCCCCCUGUGCCUGCUAACGUUCCUCGCGAUCGUCCGCGACAGUCCCGUGCGGCACCCGGCGCGCCUGCUCGCCUGCUGCUGCCAUAUAUAUGGCGUCGCGCUGUACUUUGUGACGGAGACGGUGCAGGGGAACAAGCAUUGCCGGCCCGAGGCGCUGUAUUUCUGGGGGUACUAUGUCGGCUGUAAUCUUCCGUGGUUGCUGGUGCCCGGGGUCCUCGCGUGGAGGUCGUUCAGGGCUAUGUCGGAGGCUGUCGAGGCGAAGGAGAAGGGUGCGGCGAGGAAGUUUAAGUAAGUAGAGCCUGUGGAGGGAUGGGGCUACGGGGGAGGGGGAAGUGCUGAUAAUGGUAAUAGGUUGCGGUGAGCGUGGGAUGCACUUCCCGAUACCUCUAUGAAAGCUUCGAGCUGGUCGCUGUCAGCCACGCUGGGAGUCUGGUUUCAAUCUGUCUACAUACUUCUUUGCUUCUCCCUCCGCAUUGCGGGUCGAGAGAACUGGGCGGGAGGUUCUUGUCGCAUCGUCACAGUAGGUAUGAUAGUAGAUAAACAAUCGAUAAGGGUGAACUUGCAAUGAAUUCGAC